UAUAAACAUGGCUUCUUUCGUGGCACGUAGUCGAAUCUUAGCUCUUCCCUGGAAUUUUGUACGCCAAAAUUCAGUGUUUGGAUUUCCAGGAGCUUUGUCAAGUUUCCCAAUACAAUCAAGGAGUUUGUCAAGCAGACCACUAAACAAAAACCUCAAAGAAGAUGCUGAAGUAGCGGUUAUUGGUGGAGGUUGCUUAGGAACAAGCAUUGCCUAUCACUUGGCAAAGGCAGGAUUACCUGAUGUAGUACUGCUAGAGAAAUCUGAACUUACUGCWGGCUCAACCUGGCAUGCUGCUGGUCUUACUACAUAUUUCAAUACUGGAAUCAAUCUCAAGCAUUUACAUUAUUACAGUAUCAAGCUAUUCGAAUCAUUAGAAGAGGAGACUGGUCAGGAAGUUGGAUUUCAUACUCCAGGAAGUCUAAGAAUAUGCACAACAGCAGAACGCAUGGAUGAAGCUCGUUACCAGAUGGCUCGACAUGGUUGGCAUAAGGCUCCUCAAUGGCUCGUGACUCCUGAAGAGAUAGAGAAGAUGGUUCCUAUUAUGAAAACCGAUGAUGUACUUGGAGGUCUUUUUAACCCAGGUGAUGGGCAUAUCGACCCCUACUCAUUAACACAAGCCUAUGCCAUCGGAGCAAGAAAGUAUGGUGCUGAAAUMUACAUGCCGGCACCAGUAAAGGCACUMAGCUUCAGGRCUGAUGGACGCUGGGAUGURCAYACUGAUCAUGGUGUUAUCAAAGCUAAWCAUGUUGUGAAUGCAGCAGGUUUCUGGGCAAGAGAGAUUGGUGCAAUGGUUGGUAUGGAUUACCCUAUCACUCCUAUUCACCACCAGUAUAUGGUAACGUCAACCAUCCCAGAAGUAGCAGCCAUGGAGCAUGAAUUCCCUGUUAUAAGAGAUCUAGAAAACUCUUACUACCUUAGAAGAGAGAGAAAUGGACUGCUUACUGGACCUUAUGAGCACAUGGAUAAAAUGAGACUACAGGAUGACUGGUGGGAUGGUGUUCCACCAGGAUUUGGUAAAGAACUCUAUGAAAGUGAUCUAGAUCGAAUUACCGACAACCUUCAAGGUGCCAUGGAACGUUUCCCUGUGCUUCAGAAUGCUGAUAUUUCUAGUGUGGUAUCUGGUCCAAUCACAUAUUCACCAGACAUUCUGGCCAUGUUAGGACCUGAUAUUGAAGUGCCAAAUAUGUGGCUUGCUAUAGGAACUGGAUAUGGUAUCAUUCACUCAGGUGGUAUAGGAAASUAUCUUUCAGAGUGGAUAAUGAAUGGUGAGCCAAGCUAUGAUCUCAAUGAACUUGACCCAGGACGGUAUGGAAAGUGGACAACUAAAGAAUACACGCAUGCAAAGUGCCGUGAGACUUAUGGAUACAACAAUCAAAUAACACAUCCUAAGCUAGAGCGAUUCCGUGGAAGACCAAUGAGAACAAGUGGCAUUUAUCAGGUUGGCUCGACCAACAUCAGUCACAUGUUGACACCCAGAGGGCGUGUCUACGCAGAAAUGACUGUGUCAAGAAUAAGUGACAAUCAUUUCUUUCUGUUAACUGGAAGUGGAUCAGAAUUCCAUGACCUCAGAUGGUUGAUGGACCAUGCUCGCAAAGGAUCCUAUGAAGUCUCCUUUGAUAAUGUAACMGAUCAGAUUGAUACAUUGGGUGUGGCUGGACCCAAAACCCGAGAUGUGUUGUCAAAGCUUACCACAGAGGAUAUGAGCCACAAGGGUUUCAAGUUCUUAGCUCACAAAGAGAUUGAGAUGGCUGGAGUUCCUGUCCGAGCUAUGAGAAUAUCAUACACUGGUGAAUUGGGUUGGGAGCUGUACUGUAAAAAGGAACACACUCUACAGCUCUAUGAUGCAAUUAUGGCUGCUGGUGAAGAAUAUGGUAUUGGAGAUUUUGGUACUUUYGCUAUGAACACUCUUAGAUUAGAGAAAGGCUUUAGGGCCUGGGGACUAGAGAUGAAUUUAGAUUGUACUCCGCUUGAAGCUGGAUUAGACUAUUUUAUCAAAUUUAACAAGAAAGCAAAUUUUAUAGGCAAAGAAGCUCUUCUCAAGCACAAAGAAAAUGGCAUCCAAAAGAAGCUAUGUUUUUUAACUGUUGAAACAACAGAUGCCGAUCCUGAAGGCAAUGAAACGAUAUGGUUUGGUGGAAAGGUUGUUGGUAACACAACUACAGGCACAUAUAGCUACACACUCAAAAAGAGCAUUUCAUUCGCAUACCUCCCACUUGAACUAGCAGAAAUUGGCUCAAGAGUAGAAGUAGAGAUACUUGGGGAGAAAUGCCCUGCUGUKGUUGUCAAAGAACCUCUGUUUGACACAGAGCCUGUGAGAACACGCAAAGCCAACAAAAAACAAAUCUAUAAUUAAUUGUAAUUUUAUUACAUCAAUAGAUAUAUUAAUGUGUAAAUUUUAUAUAUAGUUUUGAGGAUUUGUAACAAUAGUAAGGGUACUUGGCCAGGAAACUUAAUGCAAUUUUGUGAUAUUGUGUAGUGAAUUACAGUGAUAAAUUCAUGGUAAAUAGCAGGUUAGACAUAUUAUCAAAUUGGCUUCUCAUAAAGAUACUCCAUGAAAAAUCAGUUUGACCAGAAAAACUGGAUUUCACAUUUGUCAUGUUUUUUUUUUCUUCUUCUGGUGGCCUUGACACAGGAGUCCCAAAUGACUAGUAGAGCCCUAAUGCCUGUUGUUUCAUGGGCCUUUACUUGGGUACUAUAAUUGUUUUUCAACAAGUUUCAUAAUCAGCUUCAAUAUACAAGUACCUUGCUGUCGCAAAAGCACUGUCUGGUUUCCUGGUAAUGCUUAAAAUGCCCUUAAAUACAUCCUCAGCAUCUGAAUAUCCAUGAAUGUAUUAUUGUUCUUAAUUAAAUCAUUUUAAGUGGCAUUUAAAACAAUAUCCAGACGAUAACCAGACAAACCCUCACAAUAAUAGUAGUCUUGGUAACCAUCAAAAAUCUAGGAAAUAUGUUUGCAUGUAUUUUAUACAAAUGUUAAAAAUAAAAAGAUUUUGUACUAAAUUCUCAAUACCUGAAAUUAAAGGCAAACAGAAAAAUUUGCUCUUAAA